AGAAAUAAAUCCUUCGACGCUUUCAGGUGCUAUUGAUGUCAUCGUCGUUCAACAGCCUAAUGGUGAUCUUGCAUGUUCGCCAUUUCAUGUCAGGUUUGGGAAACUUUCCGUUUUGAGGCCACAAGAAAAAAAGGUUGAAAUGACUGUUAAUGGCAAAGUCGUUGAUUUUCCAAUGAAGAUAGGUGAAGCGGGUGAAGCAUUUUUUGUUUUCGAGACUGAUAAGGUGGUUCCAGAGGAAUUUCAAACGUCUCCACUUACAGGACCUACUCAACCUACCUUAAGUGAAGAGCCCGAUUUUCUUGAUUUAGGCGCUUCAAGCUCUCAAAAUUCACCGGUUUCGAAAGAGAAUACCCCAAUUUAUGAUUUUGGACGUAAUAAUGUUCUCGGCAAUGAUUUUGGCACGGAAGAAGGGGCUUCCGAUCCAGAAAACAUUGCUGAUUUAUCUGCGAUUUCGCAAGAUGCAGUAGUUGCUGUUGGUUUCUCAUCAGAUGAUGAAACAAACGCAGGAAAAAUAGUUAUACAGGUUGAUCCUCCUAAAGAGGAAGUCGAAGGAAAAAAUGUAAUUAAACAGACGAAUUUAAAUAUUAUAGAAGAAAUUAAUUUAGAACAGAUAGAACAGGAUUCAAAAUCUGAAUAUGAUUCCGAAUCAAAUAUAAUAUUACUUG